CCAACAACACAAGCAUACGCAGUUGGAAAAGCAACAACAAUGCGGCGGGUAGAAGCUUGCUGCUGGCAGCAAGUUCGGUAGAAGCAGCAACAGCAGCAAGUCGAAAAUAAGAAGCAGCAAUGGUAACAGCAAGAGCACCAACAACAGCAACGGCAAGCAGCCAGCAACGACAACAGAAAUAGAAACAGCGAAAUGGGAAAAAGUUUUGCGGCUUAGCGGUUUGGGGGAUAAGCGUUGGUUUCACUUCAGCACGCCGCACAGACGUUCCCAGUUGCUCGACGUAGACGUUACGUUUUUUCGAAAGACGCGGAGAACGUUCGAUUCUUAAGAGUUUCGCAGAUUGGUGUUGCCUGCUACAAUUUUGUGCAUAAAUACGUCCCUUAUUACAUUGGCCGGAUCAACAGUGGAGUACAAUUGAAACAAUCAUUGCACCAAAAUUCAAAGCAAACAGCAUCCAUGGAUAUGGCCGCCAAUGAAAUCAUGGCCGCCAAUGAGAUUAUGGCGCCCAAUGUCAAUGCCAAUUGCCAAUAUUCGACACGAUACUGCUGGGAAGCAGAAAAGGUCAAAACAUUAAUCAGAUUACGUGCGGAGCUCUCACCGCUAUUCACAGGCAAACGUAAUGCUUCCAAAUAUGCUUGGGCUGUCGUCGAGCGCAAACUCAAUGUCCCACUGCCACUUUCGAAGAUCAUCAAAAAAUGGAACAAUCUACUGCAGGAAUACAAAGCCAUCAAAAUGUCCGAGGAGCCAAAGCGCCGUGAAUGGCCUUUCUUCACACUAAUGGAUGUCUACUUCAGCGACCAGGUCAACGAUCCAUCGUUGCGUCUAUUUUCCUCGACCAAAACGCUACGCGAAACCAUCGACGACAGCGUCUUCGAAGAGGACCCCAUUAUUGUAUCCGCCAUAGAGGCAGCCACUUCGGGCGCUUACAUGGACAUUGAUGAGCUGAUACGCCGUCAAAAAGAACGCGCCGAGAAGAAAUAUGCAUUGGGUGGCGGCAGCAUUGCCGAUUACAAAUACGACAUCAAACCGAUGUUGCAGAAUAGUAAAUUCAACAGUAAUGAUACGUUGAAGCUAUCGAAGAGCGUCGACGACCUGAGCAUGCAACAGUACAAAAUCAAGGACGAACUCAUGCGCCAGCACGAACAGGAGCAGCAGGAGAAUAUACUCAAGAUCAAGCAGCAUGCACGUCAGCAGCAGCAACAGGCCCAACAACAGGCACAGCGUGAGCGUGAACGUGAACGCGAGCGUGAGCAACAAGCUGCGCAACAACAACAGCGUUACCUACAUGCUGCAGCCGGACAACCACAAUUGCCGCCACCACCGUCACCGCAUGCAGUGCAUCGCCUGUCACAACAACCGACACCACCACCGGGCCUGCAACAUGCCCUGCAACAGCAACAUCAACAUUUGUUGCAUCAACACCAACAGCAACAACAACAACAGCACCAUCUUCUCCAACAACAACAGCAGCAACGUCAACAACAAUUGCAGCAGCAACAGCAACAACAUCAACAACAACAACAACAGCAGCAGCAGCCACAGCAACUGUCGCCAUCGAUUGUACUACCACCGCCGCCCACACCGCCCACCACAGCACAACAGAUACACAUACAGACGGCCCAACAUCAGGCCACUCAACAGCAGUUGCACUUGCAACAGCAACAACAACAGCAGCAACACAACCCCCAACAUCCACAACAGCAACAACCAGGGUACACCGAUCCCAACACGAUCGACCAGUAUCUGUUGUCGUGGAACAACUUCCAUGGCAAUAUGUGUCGCGGCUUCCACACGCUGCAGAAGGACGAGAAGAUGGUGGACGUGACGAUUGCCGCCGGCGGAAAAAUAUUCAAAGCACACAAACUCGUACUAUCCGUUUGCAGUCCAUACUUUCAACAAAUAUUCCUCGAGAAUCCCUCCAGUCACCCCAUACUUUUAAUGGCUGAUGUAGAAGCGCCUCAUAUGGCUGGUUUAUUGGACUUUAUGUACAGUGGACAGGUUAAUGUAAAAUACGAGGACUUACCGGUAUUCCUGAAAGUAGCUGAAGCAAUGAAGAUCAAAGGCCUACACACCGAGAAAAACAUGAACGAUGACAAGGAAAAUGGCUCUUCACAAGAUGGCGACUCUCUGGCAACACCAACCGGUUCUGGCACUCAAUGUCACUUUGACCGUGCCACACACAGCGUUAACAUAACCGGCCACCCAUAUGGACAACCACCAAUUCAACCGCAGCAACCACCCCAACAGCCAUCGGCACCACCCCCACCACAGUCAGCCGCUCAGGCGGCGCUUGAGCAUAGCAUGAACGGCACCGGCGGUCCACUUUCGCCUUCGCCCGGUUUUGCCAGCUUCCGUGAUCACAUCAAAUCCAAGGCCAGCUUCGCGGAAGCUUUCAUGAAGAAUCUCAGUCGCAAUAACAACAAUAACAGCAGCAUUAAUAACUACAAUAAUUUGGGCAACUCGUUGCCAGAGUCGACAGCGAUUACACGAAAGUCGGAUAAUUUCGCCAUUUUACAAGCGAACAGCAAAAAGAUCUUAGACACAUCAAGGAAGCCACAUAAAUAUCUCGCUAAACGAAAAAUACUGAUGCAUUACCAUGAGGAGCUAAAUGAGAAACGUAGAAAAGAGAUGGAUUGCUACAGCAAUGAGCCAGAUGUGAAUAGUAAUUUGGAUGUCACUCUCGUGGAAGCAAACAGCACAACUUCGGAGAACCUAGGUCUAACAUCGGCAGUAUCGGUCAGCGCUAUAAGCAACAGCAGCAGCAAUAACUACAAAAUACGACUCAUGGAGAAGCAUCAGAAUGAUACGGCUGCCCAAGCAGCAGCCGCCGCCUCCGCUGUCGUCGCCGCAACCACUACAAAACAUAACAACAAUGAAGACGCAAUCAAUAAUAAGGAAUCACAUGCUACUAAGGAAAGCACACCGUUGGAAGAGGAAGUCACAGAAGCAUUGAAUCUCGUACAAACCAGCAGCACCACCAGCAACUCAAAGACCACAAAUGACGCGAGCGAGAAAACAAGCAACAAGGAAACAACGACAUCUACCACCGCCAUUAACCCACUGGUGCCGUUAAUUAGCAUCAAAGUGGAGCAACCCGACUUGAGCUACAAUAUGGGCAACAACAUUAGCAGUGGUCUCAGCAGUGGAGCUAGUAGCAGCGGCUACAGCAUUGGCGAACGCAGCAGUACGAGCACUUCCGAUGAGGAUGAGCUGGAACGCGAGCGUGAACGUGAACGAGAACUGGAACGGGCAUUAGGACGAGAGCGGGAACAUGAAAAUGAGCGAGAACGUGAGCGAGAGCGCACACUUGAACGUGAACGAGAGAGAGAUCGCAAUCAAUAUCACGCUGAUUACAAUAAAGACGAAAUGGAAACGGAUUCCAAUAAUAACAACAGCAAGGACACGGCAAACUUGAAUAAGAAUGUCGCACUCAUACACGCCAUCACACGUAAUUUGGAACCUCCUAAGAGCGACAAUAACAACAAUCACACGGAACUAGAUUUAAGCAAUACGCAUUUAGGCAGUUUAGGAUUAGUCGCCGGUAUUACCGACAAUGAGACAGUCAAGAACAUAGCGACAGCUGAGAUUUUGUGCGGCCUGAAGAGUAAAGUCUUCAAAAUGGAGAAACUAGAUGAGGAACGUGAGCGUGAGCGUGAACGUGAGAAUUGUCGCAGCUUGAGUGAGAUAAAAAAUGCGGGCGAUUGACAAUUGAAUGCGUUGAUACGCAAAGCGCAUUAAGGGGUGGGGUAUGGCUGCCGUGUGAAAGCACAAGAGUAUAAAAAAGAAGAAUCGCAAAGCGGCAGUUAAGCAGACAUAUAGAAGAUAUACAUCAUAUAUUUAUGGGGUAAGCAGUUUUAGAGAACCUUCGUUUAGUUGAUAUGUUGAAGUGCAUUUGUUUAUUCUUCUUAUUAAUUUUGUUAAUUGAUAGUUAUUUAUUUUUUACACAUUCGUACAUAUUUAUGUAAACAUACAUACAUUAUUUUAUUUGCUCCAUCAAUAGAAUAUAGAUAGACUAAGAAAUAAUUAAUUGAACAAGUUUACGUUUAAUAUGUGGAAUAGAUUGAACUUAGAUUUAAGCAAGAGAAAUGUUGGUAAAUAAAAAUAUUUUGAAAGUUAGAGAUAAGAGAAAGCGCAGAAUUGACAAAAGAAAAAAAAUAUAUAGAAAGAAAUUUAAAAACAAUCUUACUAGAAAAAAACACAAGAAGUAACAAUUUUCUUUUGGCACUAAAAAUUUAUCAAAAAAAUAUCGACAAUCUCCUUUAAAUUUGGAGAAAACACACUAUUCUACAAAUAUUUUUGGUUAUAUCGAAUAUUGACUUCGUGAGAUUGUUACAAAUUUUUCUUGAAUAUCAUGUCUAAAAGCAAAAUUUAUAGUGAGUAAAAAUGAAACAAAAAAAUUAAUUUAAAAUAUUAAUAUUUUACUUUACCUGAUCUACUCGUAAAUAAUGUAAAAAAAAAUAUUAAAUUAAAUAUUUUAUAUAUUAAUUUGCUGUAGCUUAACUUGCCAGCUCUAUUUUUCUUCCUUUUAGAAAAACUUUUUAUGUUAAUACCAGGGAAAAAAAUAAAUUAUUUAAAAAUUGUAGAAAUAUUAAAGCAUAACUAACCUACAAAAUCCUCAAUAUAUAAACAUUUUAUCAUUUAUUUUAUUGAAAUAAAACACUAAUAACUUAUUUUAUCACUUAAGUACACUAAAACCAAUACAACUGGUUAGAGAAAGGUUAAAGAAAGAAAUUCUUUGCUUAUUACGCAGAAAACUAAAUUCAAAUUUUAAAAACAUAUUUUUUCUUUUUCAUAUUGUUUACAAUGAAAAACACGGUUAUUUGGUAGAUACUCAUUAUAAAGAUUAAAUUUUAUUAUUUCGGUAAAUAUUAAAAAAAAAUUUAUUUCAUAAUUUUUGAUAUUCACGCGCAUGUACCACAUAUUUACAUUCGAAUUUUCGCACAUUAAAAACAAAAUUUCAUCAUUUAAUGCAAGCAAAUAUGCAAUUAAGUAUUUAUUUAUAACCUUCCAUAUUUAUGUAUUUCUAUGAGAGCACAAUUCAAACAUAAGUAUAUACAUCCGUUGAGGUUUCUUGAUUCGUGCAAAUACACCACACUCAAUAAGCAGCUGUAAAGUAAAUGUAAACUUCCGUUAGUGUAUUGUGUGCAACACAGUGCCUCUGAAACUACAGUGACGCUCAAGCCUCUAGUAUAGCAUGGCAAUUUAGUGUUGGAAAAUACAGCCAACGGUUCUUAAUUCUUGUGGCUUUGUAGUUACUUAUUUAUUUAAUUUCCUUGUCAUUUUAACGGUUACACAAUUCUUCAUAUUUAUUUAUUAUUUACUAUAUUCAAGCAUGCAUACAUAUUAACAAAUAAUAUAAAAUAAAAUAAACAAUUCAUUCAUACAUAUAAGCAUUUAUAUGUUUUCUUAAUAAGUUUAACAUACAUACAUACAUUGUACAACAUUUGCAUUAUUUUGUUGUAAUCGUAUUAAAUAAAUUACGAACAAGUUUAAUGCAAUCAAAUA